AUGUCGACGCUGCAAACUUUUUUUGCGGCACAAUGCGCUUUAGUCGGUGACCACCUUUGGCCUGCUGACGCCAUCAAUUCGGUACUUGAAGAUCCCAACUAUGACUUCAUCGUAGUAGGUGGAGGAUCAGCAGGUGCUACAGUUGCUAAUAGACUUAGUGAAGUACCUGAAUGGAAAGUUCUGCUUGUUGAAGCUGGAGGCAACCCUACCCUAAACACUGAGAUCCCGCACCUGUUCUAUAACAAUAUGCGUAGUCCUCAAGACUGGGCUUACAAGACUCAACCUGAUGAAGCCGCUUGCCGAAGCUACAAAGCAAAGGGUUGUGCAUGGCCACGUGGCAAAGCUCUAGGUGGAAGCAGCAGUAUCAACUUCAUGUUCUACGUAAGAGGCAACAGACACGAUUUCGAUGAAUGGGCAGCCGACGGUAACUACGGAUGGAGUUAUGAUGAAGUAUUACCUUAUUUCAUUAAGAGUGAGAAAUUCACUGGGAUUUACAAUGAUCAAAACAAGAAAUACCAUAACUGGGAAGGUAAUCUAAACGUUGCUGUAGACAAGCAGUCUCAUGACUUUGAACAUAUGAUUAUCAAUGCCGCCGUUGAACUUGGUUUGAAGAAUUCCUCUGAUAUCAACGGUGAAAGCCAAAUGGGUGUAAUGACUUCACAGACCACAACAAAAGAUGGCACAAGAUUCAGUACAGCUCGUGCUUUCCUCAGCCCGAUCAAGGACAGAAAGAACUUCCACGUCAUCAAGCAUGCUCAAGCUACUAAAGUGUUGUUUGUCCCUGGUACUAACAUCGUAAGUGGUGUCUUGGUUCACAAAGACGGAAAAGACAUAGCAAUAAACGUAAGGAAAGAGCUUAUUUUGUCAGCUGGUGCUUUGAACUCACCUCACAUUAUGAUGCUUUCUGGUAUCGGACCAAGAAGGCACUUGGAAGAGAUGAAAAUUGAAGUCAAGGCUGACCUGCCCGUUGGUGAGAACCUACAAGACCAUUUAUUCGUGCCCACCUUUUACACUAAGCCUGGUGACAAAAACUACUACUCUAUCAACAAUAUAGUAUCAGCAUUCACAGAAUACAUCUUGAACGGUACUGGUCCGUUGGUCAACACUAGUCCCCACCGUGUAAUCAGUUUCAUCAAUACAACUGACCCUACUUCAACGGCUUCGGAUAUGCAGUUCCACUACUUUGUUCUUCCGCCUGGUAUUUCUAAUAUGUUAGACAUCUUCCACAAGCACGGAUUAAACGAUGAAGCAUACACUAAGUUCCAGGAAAUGAACAAGGAACAUUACACUUUGGUUAUUUUCAACACUUUGUUGAAACCAAAAUCUGCAGGUAAAAUUCUUCUAGCUAGCAAGAAUCCCUUCGAGGCACCUUUGUUCUUUGCUGAUUAUUACAAAGAUCCUGAAGACAUGGAGAUUGUAAUCAAAUCAAUGAAGCAACAUUCUCUGAGAUUAGGUGAAACCCAAGCUCUUAAGAAAGCCGGAUUCAAACCUGCUUACCUCGACAUUGAUGCUUGCAAGAAGUUUGACAAGAACAGCGAUGACUACCUAGACUGCAUUUCAAGAGAGUUGACUUUCUCAUUGUACCACCCAACCAGUACAGCUAAGAUGGGUCCUGAUGGUGACCCAACCUCCGUAGUUGAUCCAGAACUGAGAGUGCGUAAGGUGAAAGGUCUUCGUGUAAUUGAUGCUAGUAUCAUGCCUUCUGUGGUUAGAGGUAAUACCAAUGCACCUUCAAUAAUGAUUGGUGAGAAGGGAGCCGACAUGAUUAAGAAAACAUGGUUGAAGCAGCACACAGAACUUUAA